AUGGAAAAUAUCGAGCAUCAGAACGUCCCCGUCAGCAUGUCAUACCUGAUCUCCUCCAUGAGUCAAGCUCUUGCCGCUUCCGAGAACGAUUCAUUCUAUUCCUUCCAAAACCUCCUCGAUAACGGAUUGAUGCCUAUCGACAACGAGGUUUACGGUCAUGGCCUCCACGGAGCGGUGCAUUAUUCGAUGUUGUCGUCCUCGUCGCCGCGAUUAUCUCCUCGGGCUCAAUCUCCAGUCCAAUGGAUUGAUCCGACCACGCUGUCCAGUCUGUGCUUCCUCCCAUCAUCACCUGAUGCACAGCUGCAGCAUCAACAGUUGCAACCACAUUGCCAUGCGCAUGAACAACAAUUACAGCCACAUCAGCAUGGUACCUCGAACAACCACUACCAUCACCACCACCAGCAACAAUUGCAACAACGGCAACAACAUUAUCAACAACAGCAAGCACCAGAACAUUAUUCACUACCACCACACAAUCACGCCAUUCAGCAGCAGCACCAGCAGCUCUAUCUGCUACAACAGCAACACUUUUAUUCAGAAAAGGGCAUUUGCUCUCUUGAGAUGCGCUCGUUGCCAUCUUCAACCCCUAUCCGAGAUAUCUCGUCUCCCUCGAUGAUCUCAUUGCCAUACCACCAUCCUACCAAAGUCCUGCUGAACCGACCCACCAUGCCCGUGGCCCAGCUCUCUAUGGAAUUUUCAGCCAACCGAUCAGUCUCCAUUGACCGCCUCUCCAGUCCUGAGGCGCCUUCGCCUGUCUCGGACCAAGGGUUCUUUGAAAUAACCACUGACGAGGAGACCGCAUCCGGAUGUCACAGCCCCCAGUUGUUGACCUAUAAGACGCAUCUUAACAACAACAAUAACAACAACGACAACAAUAAGGACAAGAACGAAACGAUUGCUAUGGAGCAACUCAACAGCUCUGGAUCAGUCCCAACAACUUUGCCUCAGCGAAGGAGAAGGACGCCGCCUUCUUUGGUCCACAAAUCAAUUCCGACAACGACCUUGGAGCAAAUCAUGCUACUCUCCCCCCAUGCUACGACUGCUGCCUUGACGGCUGGUCCAGCCAUGAUGUCGUCUUCUUCGUCCUCAUCGCUGCCGACGAUGCCCACGCUCUCUUCGCCACUGAAGCAGCACUUCAGCUUCUCGACCUCCAUGUCGGAUUUGGAUACUCUUGGGGGAGAGGAAGAAGGAUUAAGGAAAAAGGAUUUUUCUCCUUCAUCCUCUCCUACUUCUGUGGCAGCGGCAGCAGCAGCAAAGAAGAGGCGAGAGCGUAAGCCCGCCAAGAGCGGACACAAAAUUCCCAAGCACCCGCCCGUCAAGCUACCCGUAUGUUGUGUCUCGCUCACACGCCAUGCCGAAGCCCACAAAUGGCGGGGCCUCUACGCACCUGUCCGAUGCGAGGCCUGCCAGAGCGCGCUCUCGAACGAGUUUUCGGUCCAGAGACACAUUAUCCGAUCCCAGCCCAACUCGCGAUGUUACCGCCUGCGCGUCUAUAGCAUUAUGAUGUCCGAGACUGAGAUUGAUACCAGUGUGAGGUUCUACCCGAAGCGGGCACAUGGCAAGAAGACUGUCGAGAUUAACUUGAUGUAUGCUCGUGCUCGAUACCUUGGCGAUUCUCCUCUGUGA